GCUGUGGCCCCCGGCUGCGGAGGAGUCCGAGACGCAGCUGCUGCGCCGGGGCCUCAGCGGCCGCUUUCACCCCGCUGCCGGACCCCGAGCGCUCCGCACAGGUUCGGACCCAGUGUGCCCGCUGGGCUGUGCCCAGGUUCAGAGUCAUGCCAAUUGGUGGGUGAACCUUGAGGCAGUGAUGGAGCCACUGCAGCAACAGAAGCAGCCACCGCCGCCUCCUCCACCGCCGCCCCCACCCCCACACCUGGCUCCGCUGCAGAUGGACGCCAGAGAGAAGCAGGGACAGCAGAUGAGGGAAGCCCCAUUCUUAUACACCCAGAAGCUGGUCACACAGCAGAGUCUCCUUUCUGCACCCCCUGGAAGGUCUUCUGGCAGCCCUGCCCUGGGCCCCCUGGCCAGAAUUCCACCAGCCACAGCCACAGCCCGAGCGUUUGAACGGAGCAACGUGAACUCAGAGCCUGAGGAAGAGGAAGGGGGUCUGGAAGAUGAGGAGGGGGAUGAUGAAGUUGCCGAGGUGGCUGAGAAAGAGGCCCAGGCUCCUUCAAAGUAUUUUCAUGUGCAGAAAGUAGUUCGCCAGGACCCCCGAGCGGCACCUGUUUCUGCCCUGCUUCCGGCACCCGGGCUUCCGCUGCGUGGACAGCAAGCAAAAGAAGACCAUACCAAAGAUGCUUGCAAGGCUCCACCUUCGGUCUCCACAGUGGGACAGCCGAGCUGGAAUCUGGAUGAGCAGCUCAAGCAGAAUGGUGGUUUGGCCUGGAGUGAUGAUGCGGACGGAGGCCGGGGAAGAGAGAUCUCUCGAGAUUUUGCCAAGCUGUAUGAACUGGAUGGUGACCCGGAAAGGAAAGAGUUCCUGGAUGACCUCUUCGUCUUUAUGCAGAAGAGGGGGACCCCCAUCAACCGAAUCCCCAUCAUGGCCAAGCAGAUCCUGGACCUGUACAUGCUGUAUAAGCUGGUGACGGAGAAGGGGGGCCUGGUGGAGAUCAUCAACAAAAAGAUCUGGCGGGAGAUCACCAAAGGCCUGAACCUGCCCACGUCGAUCACCAGCGCCGCCUUUACCCUGAGGACCCAGUACAUGAAGUAUCUCUAUGCCUAUGAGUGUGAGAAAAAAGCCUUGAGCUCCCCAGCCGAGCUCCAGGCAGCCAUCGACGGCAACCGGCGGGAGGGCCGGCGGCCCAGCUACAGCUCCUCCCUGUUUGGCUACUCGCCUGCUGCCGCCACUGCCGCUGCCACCGGGGCCCCCGCCCUGCUCUCCCCACCCAAGAUCCGCUUCCCCAUCCUCGGGCUGGGCUCUAGCAGCGGCGCUACCGCCAGCAGCCCGCGGAUAUCCCCAGCAACCACGCUCAGGAAAGGUGAUGGAGUCCCGGUGACGACGGUGCCUGUGCCAAAUCGCCUGGCUGUGCCCGUGACCUUGGCAGGCCAGCAGGCCGGUACCCGGACGGCCGCGCUGGAGCAGCUGCGGGAGCGGCUGGAGUCCGGGGAGCCCCCUGAGAAAAAGGCCUCCAGGCUGUCAGAGGAGGAGCAGCGCCUGGUGCAGCAGGCCUUCCAGCGCAGCCUGCUGAGCAUGGCGCGCCAGCUGCCCAUGAAGAUCAGGAUCAACGGCAGGGAAGACAGAACAGAGGCCUCAGCUGCCGCGCUGAACCUGGCCACGGGCAGCAUCGGGAGUAUUAACAUGUCCGUGGACAUUGACGGCACCACCUACGCAGGUGUGCUGUUUGCCCAGAAGCCCGUGGUCCACCUCAUCGCAGGGUCCGCUCCCCAGAGCAUGGGCGGCAGCGCCAGCGGCAGCAGCAGCUCUCACUGCUCACCCAGUCCUACCUCGUCCCGGGGCACCCCCAGCGCCGAGCCCUCCACCAGCUGGUCCCUCUGAGGGGCAGGACCCAGCGCCCCGUGCCCCGCUCUCCUGUCGAGAGUGCAGGAGGUUGAUGCACAGAAUUUACCUCAUCUUGCGGAGCCCACGUCCACCACCAUUUGGCCAGAUGUUGAGAGUUUGGACGUGCCCGUCUGUCCGGGCUCCGCUCAGGUCCUGCUGUACUCUGGGGACGGGGAGAGGGAGAGGGGCAGGACGGGGCAGCGUUGUCCAAUCAGGGAUUGUGCUGGAGAACCGGGCGGGCUGUGGGCAGCCGGCUUCCUGCGGGGCUCCCAGGCCACCUCCCGUCUAGGGCACAGUGUAUUGACAAUCUGGAAGCCGGCACAGGGCUGGAGGCCCGCCAGAGCCCUUCCCCUUAAUUUAUUUCCCUUCCCCUGCCUUCUGCCGUGACUCCGGGGUCACCGGCCUCUUCCCCUGCUCAGCCCUUCAAUCUUUAACUCCCAUGUAGGGGCUGCUAGGGCCCAGGACGAUGCCUUCGUGGCCCUUCUCUGCUGAGCAUGGGACGGGGCCCUCCUGCCCACCCUGCCUACCACAUUUGGUUCCAGGGCUGUGGGUCCCUCGAAUUCAAGUUUUGAAGCUAUCCUCAGGGCCUCAUGUCCCUCUUUUAAUGGUCCCAAGGAAGGGCACACGAGGGCAGUCCUCGGGUCCCAGAGCUUACUGGGUACCUGCUGAGGGAGAGGCAGAGCCUCAGGGGGCUGCCCAGGCAGGCCCUGGCACCCGUGUCCACACUGACCCUUGUCUGGCCCCCCCCGUACCUCGUGCUGUCACUCGCCCUUUGGCCACCUGUCCCAGGAACAACCCACUUGGCCCUUGGGCCUUCCCUUCUCAUCGGGCCACCUCAGCCCCAACAUCCCCAAACCUGCUGAUGUCAGGUGCAUUGAAAUACCUCAGAUUUGUAAUUGUUGAUGUUUGAUUCUUCAGGAAGUAUUUGCAUCUCUGAAAUCUUUUUUAAUAUGUGUUUUGCUGACUUUUUUGUUUUUAAUUUUUAUUGUUAUUGUAGCACCAAAGAAACGAAAGCAGAUCACCCCUAAAGCCGAGCAAACAUUUGGUACCCCAGCCCCUCCGGCCCUUUGCUCAGACCCCAGUGACAAGGCGGGGAGGCAGGCAGGAGAGAUGACUCAGGGAUCGCAGCGGCGGGGGCGCGAGGGGCCCUGGCUUGUGCAGGGUGGGUCCUGAAACCACAUGGUUCCGGAGAUGGUUCCUGACCCACUUCCCGCCAGAGCAGGGCUCAUCCCCCACCCCUACCCCCGGCUCCCCUUCCCUCAGCAUUGCCACCUCGGGGCGGGGGUGGGCCAGGGAGGCCCUGGGUCUUGUAGAGGCCAAAACGCCCAGGGGAUAAGGGGAAGCCGUCCUCCCCUGGGCCCCUGGGCCAGAGCAGGCAGCUCCCGUGUUGGAAAGACGGGGUGAUUGUCACAGCGGGCUCACCUCCGGCUGAGCACGUCCUGCAGAGCUCACAGAACAUUGCUCCCUGUGACGUCAUUGGCUGUGGUGGUGACAGGCCAGGCUGGCGCGAGCUAUCGCACGACUAGCACUCGGCUCUGUCUGUGAAAGGAAAGGGAAUCAAAGGCUGGAGCACAAAACAGCUACCUCAGCCUGGUAGGCUGCAGCUCUGCCGGCCCACAUCUGCUCACCCCCUCCCCAGCCUUCCACACACACUCACACACACAUACACACACACACACAGCCCCACCCACCGGGGCCUGACCCUCUUCUGGCCUCAGGAGCCUUCUCUCCUUACCCGCCAGGUAAGCGCAGGCAGUGGGCAGAGAAAGGUGUCUGGGAUCCGGUGCCAGGAGGGGCCCGGUCAGCUGGCGCUGGGCCCACUUGAAAGUGUCGCAACAUUUGGCCAGUGUGUCUUUCUCAGGGGUUUGGUCACGAAGGAUGGACUCUUCCUAGCCAGAGGACACAGGGACAGUGCACUGUGGCUUUCUGGUCACUGGAUCCUCUCCCCUUCCCCAGGCGGCCUGCCCAGCCUUGCCCUCUAGGCAACCCCUCAUUGCCCUCAAGGACCACAGCAGGGUCUCAGCCCAGAAGCCCAAAGUCAGGGAUGCCAGCAGGUGCCCCAGGAGCAGGGCCCUGAGGAAGGGAAGCUUUCCCUGAAGGUGCAGUCCUGAAGGCCACAGGGCAGCCAUUUGGCCAGGGCCGCUUUCUCCCCUCCCCUCACCCCCGCAAGCUGCAUACUCUGACCAGGAAAAUGUGCUAGCACAUGGGUAGCCUAGGCAGUGGAUAAAUACCUCAGACAUCCUCUUGCAGCAAGUGUCUGUAUAUGUUGUGGUUAUUUUCUAUCUUACAUGUUCUCGAAUGUUUAUAUUUCAAUAAACCUCUACCUCUUCACACAA